CAAGGCGGUCCGCAGGGGGUUAUUUCAGGGCGCGCGGAGGGCGGCCUAGUCUGGGGUUAAGCGGCUUCUCCCGCGGGGGAGAGAGUCCAGAGUGGGCGUCGGGACAUAAGACGCCCGUGUUAGGCUGCAGAGAGUGGCCUUUCCCGGGGACCAGCAGAUCAGUGGGCGAACAUGGAGUCCAAUCCUGCCAUCCAAGCCGCCAUCGACCUCACCGCGGGGGCCCUCGGGGGCACAGCCUGCGUCCUGACCGGGCAGCCCUUCGACACCAUGAAAGUGAAGAUGCAGACGUUCCCUGGCCUGUACAAGGGCCUCAUCGACUGCUGCUUGAAGACGUACUCCCAAGUGGGCUUGCGGGGCUUCUACAAGGGGACGGGCCCAGCGCUGAUGGCCUACGUCGCAGAGAACUCCGUCCUCUUUAUGUGCUACGGCUUCUGCCAGCAGUUUGUGAGUAAAGUGGUUGGAUUGGACAAGCAGGCAAAGCUGAGUGAUCUGCAGACUGCGGCCGCGGGUUCCUUCGCCUCCGCGUUUGCCGCGCUGGCCCUGUGCCCCACUGAGCUUGUGAAGUGCCGGCUGCAGACCAUGCACGAGAUGGAGAUGUCAGGGAGGAUAGCAAAAAGCCAUAAUACAGUCUGGUCCGUCGUGAAGAGUAUCCUUAGAAAGGAUGGACCCUUGGGCUUCUACCGUGGACUUUCGAGCACUCUACUUCAAGAAGUACCGGGCUACUUCUUCUUCUUCGGUGGGUAUGAACUGAGCCGAUCAUUUUUUGCUUCAGGAGGAUCCAAAGAUGAACUUGGCCCUGUUCCCUUGAUGUUAAGUGGUGGUAUUGCUGGAAUUUGUCUUUGGCUUGUCAUAUACCCCGUGGAUUGUAUCAAAUCCAGAAUUCAGGUUCUUUCCAUGUUUGGAAAACAGGCAGGAUUUAUCAGAACUCUUGUAAGUGUUGUGAAAAAUGAAGGAGUAGCAGCCUUAUAUUCUGGACUGAAAGCUACUUUGGUUCGAGCGUUCCCUGCCAAUGGGUCACUGUUUUUGGCUUAUGAAUACAGCAGGAAGAUGAUGAUGAGCCACUGUGAAGCAUACUGAAGUGUCUUGGUGAACUCUGAUCCAAGUACACAUCUUUGAGGACUAUAGUUUAUCUCAGGGUUUCAUGGAGCACCGGACCAAUGCGGAAUUAUUUUUGACUUCAUGGAAAUUUUGUUUUUGUCUUCUCUUCUUAUACUCUAAAUCUUAAACUUUAUGGAAACACUUCUAUUUUAUGUCAUAUAGUUUCUGCCUAUAAUUGUAUUGAAAUAGAAAAGUUGCUCUUAUGUUUAGUGGGAUAUCAGAGUGAGUGGGUACUAUGUACUUAAUCUCAAAGGGUAAAUAUAGUUGUACCGGGACUUUUGCAUAAAUCUGCACAUGUGCCUGCAGUUUGGUUGAUUAUGUGUUGUGAGUAAAUCACAGUUUGGUUCCAUAUUUAAUCUCAUGUCCCCGUGAAAACAAUUAACUAUGAUUCAUGAAGAUGGUUAUAAAUGAUUGCUUAAUCCAUUCAAGAUGUAGGGUCUCUUUAAAACUCUGCUUAACAUGUGCACUAUACUAGCCAAUUAAAAGUUUUUAAAAAGUUUUUGUGUGUGUGAAAACCAAAAUACCCAUCUUGAUUUUUUUUGCAUCUACAGUGUUUAUUUUUUAUUGAUGUAACAUUGUUUCAUCUAUACAUUAUUUUUCUACUGUAUACCCUAUAAUGUGCUCACCACCAAAAAUAUAUUUUUCAUCCAUCACCAUAGAGUUGAGCCCCUUCAUCCACUUUGCCCUCUUCCCAUCCCUCUCCUCUGAUAGCCACAACUCUGUUCUCUGUAACUACAUGCUUGUUUUGUUUGGGUUGGGUUUGUUCAUUUAUUUUGGUUUUUGUUUGUUUUUCAUAUUCCAGAUGAGUGAAAUAAUACGGUAUUUGUCUUUCUCCAUCUGACUUACUUCACUUACCAUAAUACCCUCAAGGUCCAUCCGUGAUGUUGCAAAUGGCAAGAUUUCAUCUUUUUUCCCAUCUAGAUUUUAAAGAGAAUAUACCUGCAUACUGGUGUUGCUUCCACAUUCUUGAGUUAAAGUUUCAGAUGAGGCAUCCUGAAUUUCUCCAGGAUCCUCUAUUCUUAAAAUUAUGCUGUUCAUUUUCAAAGUGGGCUCAUAUUCCACACUCUUAGUUUAGUGUGGCCUAGAGCAUUAAGCCUUUGGGACGUAUCCUGGCCCUUAUUGUACCAAGUUUCCUUCCUCUCCUCUCCCAAAGAGCUUCCUCUCUGCUGAAGUUUAGACUGAGGAAGAAGUGAGGGAUGGGGCUGUGCUAUGCUUUGAUGAAGACCCAUGUAGCUCACAACAGUUCUUAGCUUCCAGUCUCUGGGUCCUGGCCCCGGGUUGGAUUCUGUGAUGUACUGUUGGCCCAUUUAGGGGAUGUUGACCCACUUUAGAUCAUUCACUGUCCUCCCUGUCUUCACCAGUCAGAAACCCAGGGAACAGAGGGUGCCAAAGCCAAGAGAAUGUUUUGUUCGCUGGUGAUGAUCAAGUGACAUUACUAGUGGAUGAAACCCUCUCCUCUCAGACAGAACUAGACAGAACUUACUGCUUGCAGUCCACAGUGAUUAAUGUUAGGGCUGAUCCAUCCUGAAGUUUACCACAGGGUCCAUAACUCCUUGUCAUUUUUUUUUUUUUUUACAGAGUUGGAACCCUCUAACUUUGGUACUGGCCAUCAGUGAAUUUUAUUGAUGACUACAUAUAGGAUAUGACUUUAUAAAUCAAACAUAAGAAAAGCCAUUUUAUUAAACUAUGCUAUAUGUAUGUAUAUAGGCACUGACAAAAACCAAAACCAAAAAACCGCAGUUCAUCUGAUCCCCACAGACCUGUGAUGAGCACCUGUUCUUUGACCCCAUGGUCAUUCUUGUCAUCAUUAAAGUAAGCCUCAUCAUUCCUUGCUGAUCCAGACCAGUAGAGCUUCUCUCAUUAAGAAGUGUUCUUAAGCAGCCUGUAAAGCUGAAAACAGGCUGGCUCCCAAUCUUAAUAUUCCAUAGCAAGUGUGUCUAUCAUUGCUGGCAGAAUGUAAAACUGACAUGGAAUCUCUAAUUCCUUCAUCUUUUUGCUAUUUGUGAUGCCUUUGUGGUAACUCUAGCCAUGUUGCCAGAGGCAAGAGGGUCAGGGUAAUGAGAUGUUGACAAAUGGGGGCUGCGGCAGACAUUUGUGGGAAAGGAUGCUCAGUCUUAUGCCAGGUAAGCUCCAGAGCAAUACCUGGUCUUCCAUUUAUUUUUUCUUUAAAAGAAAACA